AUGGACCAACACAAUGAGACACAGAUCUCAGAUUUUGUCCUCCUAGGAUUAUCAAAGGACCCAAAACUGCAGCCAGUCCUGUUUGGAGUCUUCCUCUCCAUGUACCUGAUUGCUGUCCUUGGAAACCUGCUCAUCAUCCUGGCCGUCAUCUCAGCCACUCACCUCCAUACCCCCAUGUACUUCUUCCUCUCCAAUCUGUCCGUGGUUGACAUUGGUUUUGUCUCUACCAUUGUCCCCAAGAUGCUACAGAACAUGCAGACCGAGAGAAAACUCAUCCCCUAUUCCUGCUGCAUCACCCAGGUAUAUUUUGUCGUACUCUUUGCUGUCUUGGACAUUCUUCUCCUGACAGUCAUGGCUUAUGACCGCUUUGUGGCCAUCUGCCACCCCCUGCACUACACAGUCAUUAUGAACCCCCAGCUCUGUGGACUGUUAGUUGCAGGGUCAUGGGUCACAGGGGUCCUGGAUUCCUUGACGCAUAACUUACUGUUGCUGCGUCUGUCGUUUUGUACACACGUGGAAGUCCCCCACUUCUUCUGUGAACUCAACCAGAUGCUUCAACUUGCCUGUUCGGACACUUUCCUCAAUAACGUGGUGAUGUACUUGGCAGCUUUCUUUCUGUGUAUUGGCCCUUUUGCUGGGAUCCUUUACUCUUACUCCAAGAUUGUUUCCUCCAUCCGGAAAAUCCCGUCAGCUCAGGGAAAGUACAAGGCGUUUUCCACCUGUGCCUCUCACCUGUCCGUGGUCUCCUUGUUUUAUUGUACAGUCCUUGGCGUGUAUCUUAGCUCUGCGGCUUCCCCCAACUCACACUCAAGUUCAACAGCCUCUGUGAUGUACACAGUGGUCACCCCCAUGCUGAACCCCUUCAUCUACAGUCUGAGGAACAAAGACAUCAAGAGGGCCUUGAAAGAUUUCUUUAUAAAGAAGCUACAAAAAGGACAGUUGUCUCAGGGAUGA